AUGGUUACGAAAUCCAAGCGAGUUGCUACUGCAGAAGCAAGAAAGGCGGCUGCACGCAUGCGUGCAGACGGAGAGAGUACUUCUCACACCUCAGCAGCUGGUGAUUCGUCGCCUGCUGCUGUGAACAGUACACGUGGUGAGUCACCACGUGCGACAAGUACAUCCGCUGCGUCUGCAGCGGGUACCGCGAAUCGUAAUGUAGAUGAGCCUGAAAUUGAGCUCAUUUAUUCUGGCGAGUCGGAUGAUGUAUUUGACUCGAAGGCGACACUUUCCGCCUCGGGAUCACUCUUUGCGGACACUGCAAGAGCCACCUUGACUGGCUCCAGUCAACGUGGCGGCAUCUUGUCCGAGAUCUUCGGAUCAAGCGAUUGUUCCGACGAAUCCUCGCCUGACGCGAGUCCAUCUAACGAUAGGACGCGUGAGGAUUGUGAUGCACCUAUGAAUUACCACGAAUCCAUCGUAACUCGAAAGAUCGGGGUGUCAAUGGUGUCAGCGCUCACGCUGGCACCAAUAAAGAGGCCAGGGACCGAAAUGUCCUGCGCCACGCUCCUCAAGUAA